AUGGGACACACUGCUGUUGCAUGUCGGCAAGGUAAAGUGCCAAAAUCUCAACAUCAAGUGAAUGUAGGCUUAAAUCAAACAGUAAAUGUUGCGAAUGAAAGUUCUUCGAAGCCAGAUGUACCAGAAUUACAGAGGCUUAACCUUAGUGUUACUAAUAAUGCCAGGUUGUAUCCUGCUGGGCAUAAUGUUAAUGAAAAUGAGUAUCAUAUUUUUGAAGUAAAUGAUGUGCUGAAAUUAGAUGCUAAAACUGAUUUCAAGUUACAUACCAGUAGUAAAUAUUUUGUUAAUAUGAAAUUGAAUAAUGUUGACAUUGAUUUUGAAUUAGAUACAGGUGCUGCUGUAACUUGUGUUGGUGAAUAUACAGUUAAGAAAUUUUAUAAUUCUCGAGAAGAGAUACAAGCCAUUGACAUUGCUCUUACAGAUUAUAAUAAACAGCCAUUGGAAAUUCUUGAUGUUGCAAUGGUUAAGUGGUUAUUAAAGGCAAUCAUGCUUCAUUGUUGGGUAGAAAUUUGUCUGAAUGAAAUGAAGAUGGAUUGGCCAAACAUUUUUAACCUUAAAUCUACUGUACAUUCCAUUGAUAAUGGGUCAAAUGAGAUUGCAAAUAUUUUGAAGAAAUAUGAGAGUGUAUUUGAAACUGAGCUAGGAUGUUUAAAGGAUUUUGAAGUAUCUUUAAAGGUAAAAUCUGAUGCUACGCCAGUGUAUAAACAUGCUAGAAGUGUUCCAUAUAAUUUAAGAGAGAUGGCGGAGAGAGAAUUGCAAAGAUUGCAAGACAUUGGUGUAAUUAAACCUGUUGAUUUUUCAGAAUGGGCAAGUCCUACAGUUAAUAUUGUCAAGUCAGAUGGUAAAAAUGUUAGAAUUUGUGCUGAUUUUAAGGAAACAUUAAAUACUGUUUGUAGUAUUGAUUCUUACCCAUUACCUAUUCCUGAAGAUAUUUUUGCUACUUUAGCAAGAGUUAAGUCCUUUACUAAACUUGACUUAAGUCAUGUAUAUCAUCAAUUAAAAUUAAGUGUUGAAUCCCAUAAGUAUAUGGUUAUUAAUACCAAUAAGGGAUUAUUUGCCUUUACAAGGUUACAAUAUGGACUGAAUAGUGCUGUUGGUAUUUUCCAAAGAAUAAUAGAAAAUGUUCUCAAAGAUAUACCCAAUGUUGCUGUAUAUUUGGAUGAUAUUGUUAUUACUGGUCCUACUGAAGAUGACCAUUUGAAAACACUUGAAUUAGUUUUGCAUAAACUUUGUUCUGGUGGUUUAAAGUUAAAGAAGGAUAAAUGUUCAUUCAUGAAUAAAGAAGUUCAAUAUUUAGGUCAUAAGUUAGAUGCUGAAGGAGAGCAAGAGAGUGAAGAUGGUUCAUUAAAACCAGUGUCAUAUGCUUCCAGAACAUUAACUAGGUCAGAAAAGAAUUAUAGUCAGACUGAAAAAGAAGGUUUAAGUGUAAUUUGGGCAGUUAAUAAAUUUCAUAAAUACUUGUAUGGCAGGAAGUUUGAAAUAUGGACUGACCAUAAACCCUUACUAGGUUUGUUGGGAGAAGGUAAGGCAGUACCCCAUAUAGCCUCUGGUAGAAUCAUUAGAUGGUCAUUAGUUCUUUCUGGUUAUGACCAUAAACUGAAGUAUAAACCAGGGUGUAAAAUUCCAAAUGCAGAUUGUCUGUCCAGAUUUCCUACGGAAAUUAAUGAAUUUGAACCUCCGAAUGUAGAAGAGGUUUUGUUGCUUGAACAUGUUAAUACUACUAAUGUUAAUUCCUCUGAUAUACGCAGAUGGACUGAUAGAGAUCCUGUACUAUCUCAGGUAAGGUCAUGUAUUAUGAAUAGUUGGGAUGAUAAUUUUGAAUUAAAUGAAGAUUAUAAACCAUUUGUUAGUAGAAAAAAUGAAUUUACAGUGUUGCAAGGUUGUAUUUUAUGGGGAAAUAGAAUUAUUGUACCGCCACAGGGACGAGAUAAGGUUACUGAUGAGCUUCAUGACACUCAUCCAGGUAUUGUGAAAAUGAAAAACUUAGCUCGAUGUUAUGUAUGGUGGCCUCAUAUUGAUAAAGAUUUAGAGAGGAAAGUAAAUUCAUGUAAAAUGUGUCAGCAGUAUCGUCAUUGUGCCAUUGAUAAACAGCCAUUGCAUCCUUGGGAGUUCCCUAGUAAAUCAUGGUCUCGUAUACAUAUAGAUUAUGCUGGACCUAUAGAAAGCCAAAUGUUUUUAGUUGUAAUCGAUGCGUAUUCUAAAUGGCUAGAAGUUGUUCCCGCUCAAGGUUGUACUUCUAAAGUUACAGUCUCUAAAUUAAGUCAUAUGUUUUGUACACAUGGAUUACCAGAUGUAAUAGUGAGUGACAAUGCUACAGCUUUUGUUAGUGAAAAAUUUUAG